UCGCGAGAGGUGGUGGUGGUGGUGGUGUGGUGGUGGUCGCGGUGAGACCGACGGCGAGAGGCAGGGCGAGACGACGAGCGACUGUGCGAGCGAAGAGACAGCGUGGCGCGCGCGGCCCUUGUCGAGGAGUCACACGGUGAAUCGCGUAGAAUGGGAAGAUUACAGAAAAAUGGUGCCGUGCUAGUGGUGAUAUGCCUCCUGAUCGAGACGAAUGGCUUCUACGUGCCCGGAGUUGCUCCGGUGGAGUUCAGGAAGGGGCAGAAGAUCGACGUUAAGGCGGUCAAGAUGACCAGCACUCAUACACAACUACCGUACGAAUAUUAUUCCCUUCCGUUCUGCUUGCCCAAGAACGGCACCUUCAUUUACAAGUCGGAGAACUUGGGAGAGGUGUUGCGCGGUGACAGGAUAGUGAAUACUCCAUAUGAAGUUGUCAUGGCAGAGGACAUCUCCUGCAGGCUACUGUGCCACAGGCCGUCCAAGUUGAUGACUUGGGACGAAGCGAAUUCCCAGCACGUUAUCCAGAUGGUUCAGCAUGAUUACUUUGUGCAUCUGUUGAUAGAUAAUCUGCCGGCGGCUACUAGGAAGAAACACAAAGAAACGAAUAACGUGGUGGUUUAUCAAGGUUAUCGUCUAGGCGGAAUUAUGAACGAUCAAGUGUACAUCAAUAAUUAUCUUAAGCUAAAAUUAAGCUUCCACAAACACGGCGAAAACGAAUUCAGAGUAGUCGGAUUCGAGGUGGAAGCUCGAUCCAUCGACACGUCUCAAUUGAAGUUCGACGGGAACACUUGCAUUCUACCGAGCGAGGCGAGCCCGCAGUUUGUCAAUCCGAAGGGCACGAGCCUCCUCUUCCUAUACUCGGUGGAGUGGAAGCAGUCGGACGUCAGCUGGGCGAGCAGAUGGGACGUGUACCUCGGCAUGAGCGACGUCGAAAUCCACUGGUUCUCGAUCAUCAAUUCUCUCAUCGUCGUCUUCUUCUUAUCUGGAAUUCUUACGAUGAUCAUGGUGAGAACGCUCAGAAGGGACAUAGCCCGUUACAACGCGGGCGAGAGCGACAGUUUGGCCGGUCUGGACGAGACCAUCGAGGAGACCGGCUGGAAGCUAGUUCACGGGGACGUGUUCCGGCCGCCGAACAACUCGCGCUUAUUCGCCGCCGUGAUCGGCAGCGGCAUUCAGAUAUUCUUCAUGGCUCUGAUCACGAUAUUCUUCGCGAUGCUGGGAAUGUUGUCGCCGGCGAGUCGAGGUGCCCUCGGUACCUGCGCGAUAUUUUUGUACGUCUUCUCCGGCUUAAUCGCCGGUUACUUCUCGGCCCGAUUGUAUAAAACCAUGCGGGGUCGGGAGUGGAGAAGAGCUGCUUUGCUGACAGCGACGUUCUAUCCGGGUAUAGUUUUCACGACGUGCUUCUUCCUAAAUUUCUUCAUAUGGGGGAAGCACAGCUCCGGUGCGGUUCCCUUCACCACGAUGGUGGCCCUGCUGUGCCUCUGGUUCGGCAUCUCGCUACCUCUCGUCUAUCUCGGCUAUUUCUUCGGCUAUCGCAAGCAGCCCUUCACGCAUCCAGUUAGAACGAAUCAAAUCCCCAGACAAGUUCCUGACCAAUUAUGGUAUAUGAAUCCAAUCUUAUGCACUCUAAUGGCUGGAAUCUUACCGUUUGGCGCGGUAUUCAUAGAACUCUUCUUCAUCCUGACUGCGCUCUGGGAAAAUCAAUUUUACUAUCUUUUCGGAUUUCUAUUCCUCGUUUUCUGUAUCCUUGUAAUCUCCUGCUCGCAGAUAUCAAUAGUCAUGGUUUACUUCCAAUUAUGUGGCGAAGACUACAGGUGGUGGUGGCGCAGUUUCAUCGUGAGCGGCGGUUCGGCCGUCUACGUGCUGGCGUAUUCCGUCUUUUACUUCGUCACCAAGCUGAAGAUCACCGAGCUGGUGCCGACCCUCAUGUAUUUCGGCUACACCGCGCUCAUGGUCCUCACAUUCUGGCUGCUGACCGGCACGAUCGGUUUCUUCGCCGCGUACUCGUUCAUCAGGAAGAUAUACGCGGCCGUCAAGAUAGACUAGUCAAAAUUAUCAUUAGUCGAGUAAAUGCGAGCGAAAUAAAUUUAGACUUUUAAUUUAACCGUGGCGUGAAAGGGGGAGAAAAAGGGAGAGAGCGUGCGAGAAAGAGAGGGAGAGAGUGACAGAGUGAGAAAGAGAGACAGAGAGCUAACGUUUUCGUUAUUGUAGGAACGAUAAGACGAAACGGAUGCAUCUCAUCUUCCACAAAAUUUCGAAACUGCGAACGUUGCACAGGAUUUUGUCGACUGACAUGUACGAAUAUUUGAUGUACUGAUUGAGAUUUCUACGUGUAUUCUCUUGCGUCCGUCAUGAGUACAAUGUAAGCUCCACGUUCGUCGCAUGGCUUAGGAUUUGCAAAAGCCAUAGCGAAUAAUCGAGAUAAGAUUUCUCAACAGAGAGGGAGAAAAAAAAAGAGAUAUCGAUGCAUUUUCGAGAAAACAUUUUUCCUCUUUUUUCCAUUCAUUUCACUUUAACAAUAUUAAUAUCGCAGUGAACAGAGGAAGAACUUCUCUACCAGCUUUAAGUUUAAAAGGAAACGUUGCGGUUUUCGGUUCAUUUUGCUAUCUUUUUUGGAACGAAUAAGCUUCUUUUACUUACAGAAAGGGGAAAAAAAGAUAUAUCGAUGUAUUUUCAAGAAAGCAUUUUUCCUCUUUUUUUUCUUUAAAAAUAAAUAUUGCAACGACGAGAGGAAGAAAUUUCUCUACCAGCUUUAAGUUUAAGAGAAAACAUUGCAAUUUUUUUUUGUUCAUUUUGCUAUAUUUUUUGGAACAAAUAAGCUUCUUUUACUUGCGAAUGUGCACACGAAGAAUACGCGAAUGUGGAGCUCGAAUUUAUAUAAUAAAUCUAUUUUAUUUAUACGAUUCUUAGUUGCGAGGUCUCUCCCAUAAGUACUUAUGAUUUACACACAAAUAAACACAUACGAGAAAAUAAUCUAACCCACGGACAGUUGGCUAUAUCAAUAAAUAUUCCUUGUCGAAGGAGCGAGGAACGCUGUAAAAAAAAUAUUCAAGUGAUGUGAUAUUAGUAAACAGUCAAUGUGUGCGAAAGUAUUAUAUAGCCGAUAAAAAAUGGAGCCAGUCUAAAGUGUUUAUCGUUUCCUUUAAUGUAAGAAUUACAACAUGCAGUUUCGCAAACUGUCUCGGCCGAUCAUUAUUAUAAUUAUUAUAACAAUAAGCGCAGUAUGCAAAUGUAUAUGAGUAAUAAUACAUAGUUUGUAAUAUUUU